CAAACCUACCAACUAACCAGCUUUCCUUCACUUUUACUUUUCCUAGAAGAAAUGUGUUCAGAUGGUCAAACACAGGUUCCUAGCUUGAGCUUGAUCAUUUCUACAAGUCACAGAAAACAGGGGAGGAAGAAACCAACAACAAAAAGCCAUUUCUGCUAGCCAGUGGUGGCUGAAAACAGAUGGGGAAACCCCAACUAACACAACCAUAAAGAAAAAUGACAAAAUUGGAAGAAUACAAGCAAUUUACAUAUUUCUAAGGUGGGGGGUGAGCAGAAGCAAGCAACUUCCCUUCAUUUUCCCCCAGCCAUGGCCAUGUCUCAAAGAGCCACCGUCAUUUUGGCAACGAGGCUUAUUGCCUUGAUCGCCACGCUUAUCGCAGCCGUCGUAAUGGCGUCGAGCCACGAGAAAGGCACCAUCUUUGGAGCCAUAUCUUACGAAGCUAAGUACUCUGACACCCCUGCCUUCAAAUACUUUGUGAUUGCUAAUGUAGUGGUGACCAUUUACGGGUUCCUAGUCCUGUUUCUGCCUUCCGAGAGCCAGCUCUGGAGGCUCGUUCUGGUCUUCGAUUUGGUGCUGACGAUGCUGCUUGUGUCGAGCAUUUCGGCAGCUUUGGCGAUUGCACAAGUUGGGAAGAAAGGGAACUCUCAUGCUGGUUGGUUGCCUGUGUGUAACCAGAUUCCCAAAUACUGUAGCCAGACGACGGCAGCCUUGGUGGCAGGAUUUGUUGGGCUCGUAGUUUACUUUCUUCUUGUUUGCUACUCCAUUCACCGUGAUUUGGAUCCUUUCCUUGUUCGAAAGAAUUAGCCUUUUAUGCAACUUUUAGCUCUUGCUAGCUUAACAAAUAUACUAAACUGUUCUAACUACAAGAAAGUGGAAGAGUUUUAGGGGUGCAUUCACACUCAUAAACUAACCAGUCAGGAAGCCAUUAUUACGUAUGAGCAGAGGAAGUUGUUCAAAAAACAGAGGAUAUCAAGAAGCCUACUUCUGAAUGAUGCUUCAUCUCCAUAAGCAUUUGUGAGUGGAGGGUUACACAAUUAUGCUACUUCAUUUGAUUGCUCAAGGCCUGUUAUCGUAAUAUCAUCCGCAAACGUAUUGUUUCUUCGGAUCUAAGGCGUAAGCGUUUGCUGCAAAGACAAAGAUAAAAUGAAGAAACAAAAUCAAGUCAUUGUCAUUGCGAGUUUGAAAUAAUCAUCUAGUCAUUUUGGCCGUCAAGUUUCUCUUCCUGGUCCAGAUUAAGAUGUCAAACUCUCACAAUUUGAAUAAUAAAGUACAGAUAUCAAA